GUUCCGCAUUUUCUGCGACUCCAGAGGUUUCAGAACCAAUCAAAACCAUCAAAUUCCACGAUUCUCACUCUCAUUCCUUAAUUCCCAACUACCUUCAAUUCUCCAAAGCACUCAUCGCCUGAAAAAUGGAAAACCAAAAUAAUAAAAAAACAAAAAGGAAAAUCCGACAAAAUCACCGUCUUUUUCAUUUACUUUUGCCUGUUUCUGUCCCGGUUAUCCAGGUAAAAUCUGUGAAUGUAUGAAUCUCCGUAGAUGAUCAGCGAUGGCGUAGGCUCACACCCAUAAGACCACAAGAAAGACCCACAAGUCUUUUUUCUUUCUGGGCGUACAGGGAAACAUUUUCUCGCACUCGAUCUCCAAGUUUCCCCUGUUUCCCCUGUUUUCCUGUACGCCAAACACCAACCCCCAACCCCCAUCACUUCCCUCCGUAGCCAUGCACAUCAACAACACCCACAUUUUGCUUUCUCUUCUUUGUUUGUCUCUUGCUUUAAAUUUUCACAAUGCGGUGAGCGCAGAUUCAUUGAUCCUCAGCUGUGGCUCCGCCAGUGGUGGUACUGAUGCUGAUGGAAGAAAAUGGGUAUCAGAUUCGGCUUACCUUGUUUCGGAUGAAUCGAUUUCGGCCACAGCCCAAUCCCAAGACCCUUCACUUCCUUCUCCAGUACCGUACAUGUCUGCAAGGAUUUUCUCAGCCGAGUCUUCGUAUAAAUUUUCGGUUAAGACCAAUCAGCGUUACUGGCUUAGACUCCAUUUUUACCCAUCAACUUAUAGCUCCCUAGAUCCUGCAGAUGCCUAUUUCUCAGCUGUUGCAGGUGGUGUUACGCUCAUGACCAAUUUCAGUGCUUCAAUCACAGCUCAAGCUCUUACACAGGCUUACAUUGUCAGAGAAUAUUCUCUGGCUCCCAUGGAUUUCGAGAUCCUCAAUGUCACCUUCAAGCCUUCUGAUCAGCAUAAGGGAUCUUACGCUUUUGUGAAUGGAAUCGAGCUGGUUCCAAUCCCAGAUUUGUUUGACAAGGCAUCAAUGGUGGGUUUUUCAGACCAAUCUCUUGAUGUCGGGACUGCCAAUGUGCAGACAAUGUUCAGAUUAAAUGUUGGUGGGCAGUACAUUCCUGCGAGUAAUGACUCGGGUCUUACCCGGACUUGGUAUGAUGAUUCGCCAUACUUGUAUGGUGCUGCUUUUGGGGUCACCUCUGAGGCUUCUGAUAAGCUGAAAAUCCAGUAUCAGGGUAUGGAAGAUUAUGUAGCUCCAGUUGAUGUGUAUAGAACAUCAAGAUCAAUGGGCCCAGAUCCUAAACUCAACCAGAAUUUCAAUCUAACAUGGGUGUUCCAGGUUGAUGGGAACUUCACCUACCUUGUGAGGCUCCAUUUCUGUGAGUUCAUACUGAAUAAGAUCAAUCAGAGAGUAUUUGAUAUAUACGUGAACAAUCAAACUGCAAUGGCAUCAGCCGAUGUCAUCGCCUGGACAGGAUCAAAGGCAGUUCCCACCUACAAAGAUUACUCGGUAUAUGUUACAGAUGGCACAGGCGAUGAGGAGCUUUGGGUGGCUCUUCACCCGUCCAUCGCGGUGAAGCCUGAAUACUACGAUUCGCUUCUGAAUGGACUCGAGGUAUUCAAGAUCAGCAACGCCAAUAAAAGCUUGGCUGGCCCCAACCCCACGCCAUCAGACAUGCUUGUUAAGGCCGAGGCAGCAAGGUCUUUUGCAUCAAAUACCAAGAGUAGUAAUUCAGUCAUCGGUGUAUCUGCAGGUGGAAUAGCUGCAGCAGGCCUAGCAGCUGCAGUAUGCAUAGUUCUGUACCAAAGGAAGAACAGACAGCCAGGGACGGACAGCCGCACGACAAGCUGGCUGCCACUUUACGGGAACUCCCAUUCCACGGCGAGCAAAUCUACGAUUUCAGGCCGAAGCACUGCUAGUAGCCAUGUCUCAACCAUGGCAGCAAGUCUCUGUCGCCACUUCUCCUUGCCGGAGAUAAAGCACGCUACAAAGAACUUCGAUGAGAACCUUGUCAUAGGAGUUGGAGGAUUCGGGAAAGUUUACAAGGGUAUCAUAGAUGGAGGGACCAAAGUGGCUAUCAAACGGUCGAAUCCAUCAUCAGAACAAGGAGUCAAUGAGUUCCAGACCGAAAUUGAGAUGCUUUCAAAGCUGAGGCACAGGCAUUUGGUCUCUCUGAUAGGCUACUGUGAAGAGGACGGUGAAAUGGCUUUGGUCUAUGACUACAUGGCGCAUGGAACCUUGAGGGAGCAUCUCUAUAAGAGCAACAAGCCUCAUCUGUCAUGGAAACAAAGGCUGGAGAUUUGUAUUGGGGCUGCAAGGGGGCUUCACUACCUUCACACUGGGGCGAAGUACACCAUCAUUCACAGGGAUGUGAAGACUACCAACAUUCUUGUGGAUGAGAAGUGGGUUGCCAAAGUUUCGGAUUUCGGGCUUUCGAAAACAGGUCCUGAUAUCAAUCAGAACCAUGUUAGUACAGUGGUAAAGGGCAGCUUCGGGUACCUGGAUCCAGAAUAUUUCCGCAGGCAACAACUGACUGAGAAAUCUGAUGUCUACUCAUUUGGGGUUGUCCUCUUCGAGGUCUUGUGCGCAAGGCCCGCUCUCAAUCCUAGCCUUCCAAAGGAACAAGUCAGUCUUGCAGACUGGGCUCUACAUUGCCAGAAAAAGGGAAUUCUGGAAGAUAUCAUCGAUCCCCAUCUCAAGGGAACGAUCAAUCCAGAGUGCUUGAAGAAGUUUGCAGACACGGCUGAGAAGUGCUUGUCUGAUCAUGGGCUUGACAGACCCUCCAUGGGUGAUAUCUUGUGGAACCUUGAGUUUGCUCUCCAGCUGCAGGAAAACCCUGAUGGUGCAAAAGCAGUUUCAGAGCGUGAAAAUCCUGAAGAAUUCAACCACAAUAAUAUCAUGGGGAUGCAUCGAAACAUGCUGAGUCUUGGAAGUGAUGAUUCUGACAUGAACGAGGUAUCAGAUGACUUGAAUGGUAGUGAAGUCUUCUCACAGAUUGUCAAACCAAAAGGGCGAUAAAUAAAUAGAAUCCCAAUUCGCUUUUUCUUUCUUCUAUCGCCUGGUGGGCUGAUUGGAUGCAAGGAAUUCAUGGAACUCGGCCAAAAGAAAAAAAUGAAAAAAAACACACACACCAAUUUUUUGCCUAAUUCAGAGGAUGCUUGUGUUACUGUUUGUAUUGUGUGUAUUGGGUCCCUUCUCUACUGGUUCUCCCCCUCUAGUAAUAUUAACAGGACGGGCUAUAGAGAGCACAAGCAACUUGUAUUCUAUAUGAGGAGUUCAGACAAAAGGUUUGGCUUCAUCCCUGCCUGGUAUUCUAUAUGAUUAAUGUAUUUUUUUUUUCAGUAUUGAUUAGAAAAUUUUCUCUUUCCAACAUACAUAUUCUCAU